AUGGCGAUUCCGAAAACCCUGAAUCCAGCAAUCCACUGUCUCAUCAUCUUCUCAACUCUACUCCUCUCCGGAGAAUCAAGAACCGACACAAUUAAUGUAUUCUCUCCGUGCGCCGAUACGAAGGUGCAGAGGAAGGAUGGAUUCACAUUCGGUAUCACGUUUGCUUCAAGGUUGGCCUUCUUCUUCAACAACAACAAUUCCGUUCAGCUCUCGCCCUGCGACAAUCGCCUCUCUCUUUCCAACAGAAACUCCCAUGUCGCUAUUUUCCGCCCCAAAGUGGACGAGAUCUCUCUCCUCACGAUCAAUACCUCCAGCUUCUUCCCGGAAUCUUUUGGAGGUUAUAUGGUUGCAUUUGCUGGUCGAAAAUAUGCUGCAAGGUCCAUUCCUGCCUUUGUUGCAAAUAGUACAUACACUGUAACCAGUUUUACUCUGGUUCUCGAAUUCAAAAAGGGCAGGUUGCAGAACUUGUACUGGAAAAGAGAUGGCUGCUCUUCUUGCUCAGGCAAUUCUAACUUUGUUUGUCUCAACAAUCAAGACUGCGCAAUCAGAACUAAUAACUGUAAAAACCGAGGGGGAGGAGGUUCCGUAGACUGCAGCCUCGGUAUUCAACUUACAUUUUCUGGUACAGAUAAGCAUGAUUCAGUUUUUAACUCGUGGCAUAUGGUAGAAUCUGAAGUUAUUCCUGAUAGAUACGUGAUAUCUAGUGUUUUGGUUGCAUGUUCAAUGCUUGAGUUUCUUGAAGGGGGAAAGCAAGUUCAUGCUUAUGUGCUUAGGAGGGGUGGGGACAUGGACGCUUCACUGAGUAAUGUGAUUAUGGAUUUCUAUAUCAAGUGUGGUGAUGUGAAAACUGGAAGAAAAGUUUUUCACCAAAUGGUGGUCAAGGAUGUGAUUUCUUGGACAACAAUGAUUUCUGGGCACAUGCAGAGUGGCUUUGAUUUAGAGGCAAUGAAGCUGCUUACUGAUAUGAAUAGACUGGGUUGGAAACCAGAUGGAUUUGCUUGCAGUAGCGUUCUCACUUCAUGUGGUUCUGUUGGUGCUCUUGAGCAGGGUAGAGAAAUACAUGCUUAUACCGUGAAGACCAAUCUUGAUUCUGAUGAAUAUGUGAAUAACAGCCUGAUUGACUUGUACUCAAAGUGUGACUCAUUGAUUGAUGCUGAAAGAGCAUUCCACGACUCGGAAAAUGGCAGUGUGGUCUCUUAUAAUGCAAUGAUUGAGGGAUACUCUAGACAACGAAAUUUAUACAAGGCACUUGACAUUUUCACCGAGAUGAGGCUUAAUUCGAUCACACCUAGUUUACUAACCUUUGUUAGCCUUCUUGGAAUAUCAUCUUCACAAAUUGCAUUGGGACUAUGCACGCAACUUCACUCUCUCAUGAUCAAGUUUGGAUUCUGUUUUGACAUAUUUGUUGGAAGUUCCUUGAUAGAUGUUUACUCAAAGUUUUUAUCUGUUAAAGAUGCAAGGCAUUUAUUCGAAGAGAUUAGUGACAAAGACAUAGUAGUUUGGAAUUCCAUGCUUUUUGGCUAUGCAAGACAAUCAAAAAAUGAGGAGGCUCUUAGGCUCUACUUAGAGUUGCAGCACAGGAUACAGAGACCAAAUGAGUUCACUAUGCUUGCCAUGCUAAUGGCAUCUAGUAAUCUAUCAUGUCUGUUGCAUGGUCUCCAGUUCCAUAACCAAGCAAUAAAGCUGGGUCUCGACUCUGGUCCAUUUGUUACAAAUGCACUUGUCGAUAUAAUCCCAACUGCGAAGAUUCUGGGAAUAUUCACCUUGAUUUUUCAGCUACCUUUUCAGCCUCCUCCGAGCUCGAGGAAUUAUUUUGGCUACAAGAUGUUGGUGAAUUCAUCGAUAAUAUGUGGGAUUGAGGAAAAAAGGGAAGUUUUUCCAAAUAACGUUGAGGGAAUUAUAAAUAUUCACAGAGGGAGGCAUGGAAGCGUUUGA